GCCAUAUUGCCAACCCAUUCAUAAGAUUUCCUGACAAAAAAAAGUAUUCUAGGGCAUAGUCAUGUCUUUAGUUUAAGGAAGUGGAUAAGCAGAUAAACCAUCAAGAUGCCUACCUACUUUCAGCGACCAGAGAAUGCUCUUAAACGAGCAAAUGAAUUCAUUGAUGUUGGAAAGAAGCAAAGAGCUUUGGAUGCUUUGUACGAUGUCAUCAAGAGCAAAAAGCAUCGAACAUGGCAGAAGAUUCACGAGCCUAUCAUGGAAAAGUACCUCCAGCUCUGUGUGGAACUCCGCAAGAGUCACAUUGCCAAAGAAGGACUUUAUCAGUACAAAAACAUAUGCCAACAGGUGAACAUCAAAUCUCUAGAAGAUGUGGUGAGGAAAUACAUUCGUCUAGCAGAGUCCAAGACUGAGGGAGCUCGUCAAGAAUCCCAUCAAGCUGUUGUGGACAUUGACGAUCUAGAUAUUCCAGACACACCUGAGAGCCUUCUGUUGAAAGCCGUAAGCGGUGAAGACACCCAAGACCGAACAGAUCGAGCCAUCCUAACACCAUGGGUCAAGUUUCUGUGGGAAUCAUACAGACAGUGUCUUGACCUGCUAAGGAACAAUUCCCGAGUGGAACGACUCUAUCAGGACAUAGCACAGCAAGCAUUUAAGUUUUGUUUGGAGUACACUAGGAAGACUGAAUUCAGGAAGUUAUGUGAUAAUCUGAGAACCCAUCUUGGGCACAUCCACAAGCACCAGAACCAGCAAACGGCAAUUAAUCUGAACAACCCAGACUCCCAAGCUAUGCACCUUGAGACGAGGCUGGUCCAGCUUGAUAGUGCCAUUAACAUGGAACUGUGGCAGGAAGCAUUUAAGGCAGUAGAGGACAUUCACGGCCUGAUCUGUCUGUCUAAGAAACCGCCAAAGCCAUCACUCAUGGCCAACUACUAUCAGAAGCUGGGUUUGGUUUUCUGGAAGUCGGGGAAUGCUCUCUUUCACGCGAGUACACUUCACAGACUGUUCCAUUUGUCCAGGGAGCAGCGCAAAAAUCUCUCUCAGGAUGAACUACAGAAAAUGGCAUCCAAAGUAUUGUGUGCCACGCUUGCUGUUCCCAUCCCGCCAUCCAGGAACGCCAUUGACCAGCUCCUGGAGACAAAUGAGAGUACUAUGGAAAAGCAGCGUCGCCUAGCAACCCUGUUGAUGUUGAACAGUCCACCAACACGACAAGGCCUCAUUAAAGAUCUGGUCAAGUAUAACAUCAUUCAGUAUGUGAACCCAGAGCUUCAAAACCUAUACAAUUGGCUGGAGGUUGACUUCCAUCCGUUGUGUCUGUAUGACAAAGUAAAGGCUCCUGUGGAGUUCAUCGCUGGUGUUGACGAUCUGAAUCAGUACAUGAACUGUCUGGAGAAUAUUAUUAUCACAAGGGUCUUGAAACAGGUGUCGCAGGUGUACCAGACUAUCGAGUUUUCUAGAAUAGCUGCUCUUGUUCCGUUUGCAUCAAGUUUCCGUCUGGAGAGAGUGAUUGUGGAAUCUGCAAGAACCCUUGAUCUUCAGGUGAGAAUUGAUCAUCGAAAGGCCUGUCUGAGUUUUGGUACUGAUCUUAUGGUAGCUCAGAAAGAAGAUGUGCCUGAAGGCCCUUACAUUCAGAGUAUGCCGAGUGAACAGAUCCGUAACCAGCUGACCAGCAUUGCUGAAGCACUACACAAAUCUGUCAUCCUCAUUGAGCCAAAGGAACGCAAGGUCCAGAGAGAGGAGCUGCGCAUGCAGAUCAUUAACAACUACAGGAUGACAUACAAGAAAGAUCACAGCCGAAUUCUCCAGCGUAGACAGAUCAUUGAGAGCCGUAAGGAGGAGCUGGAACACAUGAAUGACCAGAGGGAGCGAGAAGAAUUGGAACAGGCAGAAGAAAUAAGAAAGAAAGCUUAUGAUGCAGAGAUGGCUCGCUUGGACCGAGAGGCAAAAGAGCGUGAACGGCAGAGACGUGUAGAAGAACACAAAGAGAUUCAAAAGAAGCAUGCCAUGGAGAAAAUUGAACAGCUGAAAAAAACCGAGAUUGGCUCCAAGGUUCUACAAAAUCUGGAUGAAGAGGACUUUGAGAAACUUGAUGUUGACGAGAUCAUGCAAAAACAACUUGAGCAGCUGGAGAAAGAAAAGAAAGAAUUACAGGAACGUUUGAAAAGCCAAGAAAAAAAGAUUGACCACUUUGCUCGUGCCAAACGUCUUGAAGAAAUACCCCUGCUUGUUGACCAGUACGAUAAAGAAAGCUCAGAAGCCAGAUCAUUUUGGGAGCAUAUGGAAGAAGAAAGGAUUGAGAGGAUGAAGGCUGAGAGGAAAAUGGCUCUAGAGACUCGGGUUCGUCUCAGUCGCAUGGUUAAAGACAAAGAUGAUUUCCUUAACAGACUCAAGGACCAGAGGAAGGAAGAGUUCAAGAAAAAGUUGCAAGAAUUUGAUGAGAAAAUAAAGGAGGAACGCAAGAGACGUAUCAAAGAGAGAAAAGAGAAGAGGAAAGAAGAGAGGAAAAAUAAAUGGAGAGCAGAAAAAGAAGAGGCUGAACAGAAAGCCAGAGAUGAGGCUCUAAUUAGAGAGCGAGAGGAGAAGGAGCAAGAGGAGUUGGAGAAGAUGGAGGAAGAACGACGCGAGUACGAGUUGAGGCUCGCUAAGUUGGAAGAAAUGGAGAACAGACGCAAGGCCAGGGAACGAGAGAUUGAAGAGAAGGAGGCAAGGAGACGCGAAGAGGAAAGAGCAACUCAAAGCAGUUACAGGGAUGAGAGACCUGGUGAUCGUCCUUCAUGGAGGCCAGAGGGAGCACGUGAAGGAGGGGGAUGGCGUGAGAGGGAGAAACAGAGAACAGAAAGCUGGAAAAAAGAAUCUAGUCCUGUUAAGCAUCCAGACGACGAUAGAUGGGCCCCUAGCAGAGGUGGUAGACCUGACGAAGGGAGGGAUGGUUGGCGUAGCCGUGAGGGACGUGAUGAUGGUGAAAGAGAUAGUUGGAGAGGAGGUCCUAGGGAUGACCGAGCACCACAGAGAGAAGAACGUGGGUAUGAAAGAGGCCCAAGAGACAGUAGAGAAGGAUAUGGUGAUAGAGGUCCUAGGGAUGACCAUGAUAGCUACAGGGGCCCUCCAAGAGAUGACCGUGAUGGACCGCGAGAUAGACCUCCCCCAAGGGAGGAAGGACGCUGGGGUGACCGAGGUCCCAGAGAUGACCAGGAUGGGCCACGAAACUGGCGACGAGAAGAAAGAGGCCCAAGGGAUGAAGGAAGUGGGGGAUGGAGAGGAAGUCGAGGCGGUGACUCUGAAGGUGGAAGAUGGGGUUCUAGAGGAGGUGACUCUGAAGGAGGAAGGUGGGGAUCAAGAGGAGGGGAGUCCGAUGGUAGAAGGUGGGGCUCUAGAGGGGGAGAUUCUGAAGGUGGAAGAUGGGGUUCUCGAGGUGGCGACUCUGAAGGUGGAAGAUGGGGUUCCAGAGGAGGGGACUCUGAAGGUGGUAGUCGUUGGUCUAGAGGCGGUGAUUCUGAUGGAGGAAGAAGAGGAGGUGAUUCUGAAAACAGAUGGUCAAGAGGAGGAGACUCAGAGGGUGGAGGCAGAUGGGGCUCAAGAGGAGGUGAAUCAGAAGGUGGUCGAUGGGGGUCCAGAGGAGGAGACUCCUCAGAAGGGGGACAUAGGGAACGUGACUCUGAUGGUGCAGGUAGAUGGGGAUCUAGGGGUGGAGACUCGGAGGGUGGAAGCAGAUGGGGAUCAAGAGGUGGAGAUUCUGAAGGUGGACGAAGGGGAGGCGACUCGGAGGGGGGAAGUAGAUGGCGGCCAGGAACAGGAAGGGCAGGAAUGCCUCGGGACGUACGCCUGGAUGAUCCAAAUCCAGAAAAUAGACCACCCAGGGCAGAGGAUUCAAGGCGAGGAGAAGGAAGUAGGGCAACAAGAGAAAUCCCAUCCCCUGAAAAAGGUAAAAACCGUGGUGAUGGUGAGAAGCAGGAGGAUGGCUGGACAACAGUGAACUAUAAAUAGAGAACUACUAAACAUGACUGAAUAUAUACCAACAUUUCUUGACACUCUAUUUCUUGCUUCAAUAUUUUUGGAAAUUUGUGUUGAAUUCAUUAUUUAUUAAUUGUUAAGCAAGGUGUUUUGCCCUGAUGUGAUAACUGUAAAAGUUGUCACAGAUUUUUGUGAAAUGGAAUUAAAAAAAUUGGAAUUCAUUGAUUUUCCUAGCCCCAAGUAUAUUUGCUUUGAAAUAUACUUUGAUUAAUAUUUAUUAAAAAUUAAAUUGUUAUGCCUUAGAUUUGCCUCUAGGUAACAUUUCAUCUGAUAUACAAAAAUAUGAUUAUGAUGACAGUAAUGUGAAAAGUUUGUAUUUGUCAGAAAAAUGCAGGGGAAAGAACAUUUGAUUUCAAAAAUCACUCUGUUAAUUGUGCAUAUUGCUGCUUAUUUUUUGUGUAAAUAUAUGUUUCCUGAUUGUGUAACACAAGUUAUCAUGCAAUUUAUAAAAAUGCUUAAUUAAUGUUGGAUGAUACUGUCUAAAUAAUGAUUUAAUGCACAAAUAAAAUGACAUGUCUGGAAUUUAGAAUGAAUUGCUAAUUUUAAAAAAGUGAGGUAACAUCAACUUUUCUAAACUUUACAGGUCAAACAUAUUGAUAUUGCUAAAUGCAUAUAUAAUGUACCCAGAUGUUUGAGAGGUUUUAGAUGGUGUAUACAAGUUACAAUUACAUAUGGUAAUUACUCCGAAGGUAUGAUCUACUGUUACAACUGUAAUUAUGUAAAUUGUUUGUACAUGUAACAUCAUGAACAAAAAUAUUUGGGAUUUGCAUAUAUUUAGAUGAAAUUUUAAAAAUUUUUUUAAAUGCUUGAUUUUUGUCCUUGGAAUUCCUACUUCAGUAAUUUUUGUACACUCAUUCAAAUAACAGUGUGCUAGAAAUCAGUAUAUUAUACUGGGUUUUGCCUGGACGAAUCAGAAUUUUUCUUUAUAAUUUGUAUGUGUUUUGGGAUACAUUUAGUCCCAACAUUAUAAAGCUGAAUUUCUGGACUUCAACUUGUGCUGAUGAAAGACAGUUGUGCAGAGUAAUGGCGUAUAUGUUGUUUCAGGACUGAGGACACUUCAUGUUCACACCUGACAAUUGGAAACGGAUAUAUAUAGCCUUGAAUAUACUAAAAUGUUUCUAGAUGAAGGCUGUUUUGUAUAUAAGUGUGAUCAUAAGUGCUGAAAAAAUAAACCAAUGGUAAUAUUA